AAUUUGACCGCCUCACUGUUCUCUCUAUAAAUCGCAUAAAGCAGCAAGUACGAAUUAUUCGCUGCAGCUACAUCGACUGACGCUUGUUCUAAUGUUUAAGCCCGAGUCAAAAAUGAAGUCGCUGUUCGUGGUUCUCGUCGCCCUGUUCGCCUGUGCCGCUGCAAGAAGUGCGCCUCCAAGGAGAGAGAUUGUAAAGAAUGACAUCGAUAAUUUUGUUAGAGAUCUUAUGGACGAACACGGUACGGUGGCACCGUCUGUAGGACCAGCUCCUCCAAGCCUCAAAAAGUACUUCGACGAUAUAGCUCAAAAAAUCAUCUCGUACAUGGCCAUACAACAUGGGCUUAUAAAAUCCUGGGUUGGAGAGCAAUUCCGCGAGGUCGUGGCCGCUAAACUCAAGGGGAAGUUCCAGAAAUUCAAAGAAGAGCAAGAGAAGGCUUGGGAAAAUUUCGAGGAGAACAAGGACAAGCUUACAAAGGAGGAGAUCGUGGCGAAGAUAGAGAAAACGCACAAGGAUGCAAUGGCCUUCAAAAGCAGUGUGAGGGCUGAAAUCCACGCCCACUUAGUACAGUUACAAGAUUAUUUGGCGAAAAAGGGUAUCAAGGACAAAGAGUUGGAUAAAAGCGUUGCUGGUUUGGAAUAGACACCCGAAUGGACGUGCCGAACACUAAAUGGAAAACCCGAACACCCAAAAGGAGAUCCCGAACACUAAAUGGAAAACCGAAACACCCGAAUUGACAUCCCGAUCACCAAUUGGAAAACCCGAACACCCGAAUGGACAUCUCGAUCACCAAUUGGAAAACCGAAUCAUCCAAAUGGACAUGCCGAACACUAAAUGGAAAACCGAAAAACCCGAAUGGACAUCCCGAACACCCGAAUGGACAUCCCGAACACCCGAAUGGACAUCCCGAACACCCGAAUGGACAUCCCGAACACCCGAAUGUACGUGCCGAACACCAAUUGGAAAACCCGAACACCCGAAUGGACAUCCCGAUCACCAAUUGGAAAACCCGAAUGGACAUCCCGAAAACCCAAGGACAUCCCAGCGACCCUAUCAAGCCUCCUAAACAUCUAAUGGACAUUCGGCUAUAAAAGGAAUAUACCGAAUCUAGGCAAAACAUUCCACAAUUUGUAGAUUUAGUAGAUUAAUUUUUUGUAUUAAAAAAGCAUUAAAAAAGCUUGAAUAAAGCCACCACUUAUGUUCUA